AUGGAGUUAUUUUCAUUAACAAAAAACGUAACAAUAACAGACGUGCAAUGGCAUGCCUAUCCGGUUGGCUUUUUCCUAUUGGUACUAUGUCUAUUAACUAUAUUUGGUAAUCUUCUAAUUAUUUAUGCUAUCAUUCGUGAACAUACAUUACAUACAUCUACCUAUUAUUAUGUUGGAUCGCUGGCAUUUGCGGAUCUUUUGGUUGGUUUAAUAGCUAUGCCGUUUGCAUUUAUAUUCGAAAUGACCGAUGAUGAGUAUUGGCUGUUUCCACGACAUCUAAGAUUUCUAUGUGACUUUUGGCAUUCAAUGGAUAUAUUUGCAACAACAGCAUCCAUACUUGGCUUAUGCACUAUUGGAUUAGAUAGAUACCUGUACAUUACGAAGCCUAUUGAAUAUCCGACUUCAUUUAUAUCAAAGAAAUGGUACUUUAUGCUGUCAUUUAUAUGGAUAGUUUCGGCGUUCAUAUCAUUUCCAGCAGUAUUUCAUUUUGGAACAGCACAAGAGAUUGCGCGACGAUCACUGUCGUCAAACGAAACAAUAACACCAGCUUGGCUACUAUUUAAAGAAUGUGAAUUUCCAGAUAAUCCAUAUUAUAUAUUAUUCAUAUCGGUUGUAUCUUGUUAUCUACCAUUGAUCAUCAUGAUUUACGUUUACAUUCAAGUGUAUUUAGCUGCCAAAAAACAAGUACAAGCACUUCGUUCGGGUUACAAACAUCACUAUUUGAGAAAAUCCGCCAAAUCGUUUAUUCCAGUGUUUCGUUUGAGAGAACCUCCGACGAGACGAAGUGCCAGCAUGCAAAGAGCAGUUCGAAUUCCUGAGAGUAGCGCACGAAAAUUAUCAUUUACAUUAUUACCCAAUCGUAGGCCGUCAUUUGAAUUGAUCACACUUCGUAUUCAUCAUGGUAAAUAUCGAAAUCCAACUACUGAUCAUUGCCAACGAAGUAGUCGUAUCGAAAAUCGAUCUAUUCAGAAAGCUACAAAAAAAUCCGAACGAACAAGUAAUCUUUGGAGAAAAAUUUCAAAAAAUCAAAAAGCAGCUAAAUUCAUAGGCAUUAUUAUGGGUGUGUUUGUUGUUUGUUGGCUGCCCUAUUUUAUUUAUCUGAUAUUUAGCGGCGUCUUUGGUAUUCGUUUAAAAGAUGAUCUAAAUCAUGAACUAUUAUUCAAAAUAUUUUCAUGGCUUGGAUACACGAAUUCAUUGUUGGAUGUUCUUGUUUACGUUUCUACGUCGAAAGAACUAAGAGUUACGUUGUGUAAAUUAGUUUUAGAUCAUCGAUACAGACCAAAAUACAAUUACCCAUAA